CACGCUGGCUGGCAUUCGCCAAGCCUGCACGCCAAUACUGCAGUGUCUUUGGUCGAACUAUAUCCAACUUGCAUUAAAGACACGAGAUUCGCACCAUCAACCCUCUCGACAGUCACAAUCGCGCUAAAGCAAAUCAUGGCAUCAGCUACAAAGGAGUGCUUGAAAAUUAAGCGCUCUACCCAAACCAGAAAUUCGUUUACCCAAAAAGGAGGGUUAAGAACUUUUCAUAUUUGUUUCCAUUACCGAAUCUCCAACGCUGAUGGUUUUCACUCGGCCAACUCGACCGCGCCCCGAACUUGUGCAGAUUAUGGCUUACUAUGCCGACGUGAAGCUCUCGGUCUGAGAAAGCUAGCGAAAAAAAGUAGAACUUACGCGACGGAUAGACCUGAGAAUCGUGGUCCGAUCGCCGAAUACGACUCACGUAUUGCAGCUGGUCGUCUAUGUAACGAUGAACAUCAAAGAGAUAUCAUCCGGAAUCUUCAACGUUUACACCAAGAUCUCCGUUCCUUUAACGCCCCCCCAAUCCCUGCCCGCUACGACAUAUUAGCGAAUACAAAAGUCAAGCGCUCGUCUAUUUUUGAAAGGAUAUUUGGUGGCUCAUCAGCACGGAGAACAGGCUCUUCAGAAAUACCGGAAAAUGUUCCCCGCGGUCUUUAUCUCUAUGGUGAUGUAGGGAGCGGUAAGACUAUGCUGAUGGACUUACUGUACGAAACACUGCCAAAAAAUGUGACUUCAAAGCUUCGAGUGCAUUUCCAUAACUUCAUGCAAGACGUUCACAAACGACUCCACAACCUCAAGAUAGAACAUGGAACUGAUAUUGACGGUGUUCCCCUAAUCGCAGCCGAUAUCGCGGUAAAGGCGAAUGUGCUAUGCUUUGAUGAGUUCCAAUGUACUGACGUAGCUGACGCAAUGAUCUUGAGACGCUUCAUAGAAGCUUUAAUGUCAUUUGGGGUUGUGCUGAUCACGACUUCAAACCGUCACCCCGACGAUCUUUACCUAAACGGAAUUCAACGCGAAUCUUUUAUACCAUGCAUUCAACUUCUUAAGGGUCGCCUCGACGUCAUCAAUCUCGAUUCUACCAUAGACUAUCGAAAACUCCCUCGCCCAACUUCUGGAGUAUAUUACUCACCACUAGGUGCAUCUGCUGCUGCUCACGCUGAAAAAUGGUUCAAAUACCUAGGCGAUACUAGCCUUCACAGCCCUAAAUCUGAAGUGCUAACAGUUUGGGGUCGUGACAUUGUAGUCCCCAAAGUUAGCGGUAAAGCCGCCAUGUUUACCUUUGAUGACCUGAUUGGUCGUCCUAAAAGUGCUGCCGACUACAUUGAGCUCACAAAGCACUACGAUGCCUUUGUACUGACUAAUAUUCCAAUGAUGUCGCACAGAGAACGGGACCUAGCACGGCGCUUCAUAACGUUUAUUGAUGCUGUUUAUGAAGCCAGAUGCAAAUUAGUUUUAACAAGCGCUGUUCAUGUCGAUCGACUAUUCGUCUCUAAAGAAGAGGCAGCUGAAAGCCGUCUAAUUACGGGCAAGUGUAGCAAGAAUCUAAAAGAAGGAAGAGAUUUGAGUGAUGAUAUGAGGAAUCUAAUGGACGAUCUAGGAAUGAGUCCUAAGGCAGUGAAAAAUAGCAAUAUUUUUAGUGGCGACGAAGAGCAAUUUGCUUUUGCACGAGCACUAAGCAGACUUAGUGAAAUGGGCAGCCGCGAGUGGAUACAAAGAGAAUCGGAUGAUUCCAGAAUUUUAAAAUCAUCUAAUGAUGUCGCAGGAGUUACUUUAUAG